AUGGUUCAAACCCUGGACAACCCUCCAUACGAACUGGAGAACCAGUUUAUAUUGCGUGUACCUUUGGAAUAUGCCGAUGCUGUAAAAAAGAUAGCACAUUCCAGAAAUAUCUCCACAAAAUCUAAACUAAGAAUUGACUUAACUCCAGGUAGAAAUUAUGCAGCAGUUGAGAUAGAAGAUGUCUCACUAGCUGCUAGACUGGUUAAUUUGCCUUGUAUUAUUGGAAGCUUCAAAACUUUAGAUAGAAAAACGUUUUAUAAAACAGCAGACAUUUCUCAGAUGCUUGUGUGCUCUGGUCAAGUUGAUAACCACUGUUCUUCGGAAAAAUCAGCUUCCUCUGAUGAUAUGAAGGCAAUCAGGAGAAAUGAAAAGGUGAAACCAAAACGUUCUGCCUGGAAGCAUGGCAUUGCUCCACCACUUAAGAAUGUCAGAAAGAGAAGGUUCCGAAAAAUAAAGAAAAAGGACUUGGAUUUAAAAGAUAUCGAAGAAUUGAGCUUAACUGAGUUCAUUGACUGUCCCGAAGUGGAAAAGGAAGUGAAAAGACUGCUGAGUUCAGAUGCUGAAGCUAUCAGAGCUCGAUGGAAAGUCAUUGGUGAAGAUAACGCUAUAGAAAUAGAAAGUCAAGGUUUUAUUAGAGGCUUUGGGAUAGCCCAAGGGAAAUGUGACUAUAGGAAGGACCAUAUCUCAUCAGAACGUGACAUCCUUCGGGAGAUGUUCAAUGGUUCUAACAGUGGCAGUGAUGAGGAGAUGGAGAUAGAGGAUGAAGAGGAUUAUGAUGAUUGCUAUAGUUAUGUGGAAGAGGAAGAAGAGGAAUAUGAUGAAGAUGAUGAAGAUGAGGAUGAUGAUUGUGAAGAUCUGGAAAGGGAUCUGCAGGCCAAGAUAAAUGAAUUUAAACGGUGUGGGGCAAAGGAAGGAUCCAGUUCAAUGGUUGUGCAAAUUCAGAAGCAGAUUCAUUAUCUGGAGUGCAAACUCCAAGAGAUUCAGAACAAAGAACAAAGACAAAAGCAUCUCAUUAUGAAAGUAGAAAGCCUGGUGCUCAAGACUCACUUACAAUCUGUGCUGAAACAGCUUCAGUGGGAGGAAGAACAAAAAACUGAGCAGAAAUAG